GAGAAAAUGGUUCAAUCAGCUCCACGCGUAGUCAGUGGUAGCGAGCUAGCUUGGCUGACGUACACACAGCUCAUGCGCAAAGCACAAAUGCUCGCAGCGAAACAGGUCACAGGCUGCUGAAGUGAAUUCAGCAUCGUUCGGACUCAGACUACGGGCCAAUUUUCUGGUGUCUGCCUAAAUACUAAACCAGCCCAUGGUUGUAUAUUUACCAGCUCUUGGCUGAGUUGAAUCCUUUCCGCACACCACUGUAACCCUCACUCCUAUUUUCAUCCAGGAAAAAAUAUCACGAUAUUGCAGAACUGCUAUCAUGUGGUCCUCAGACGAAUCUGACUCUGACUACGACUUCGGCGGCACCUGGAAUGACUUGAACGGCACCUGGGAUGACUACAACUGCACCUGGGGUGACUAUGGCUCUGACUACGACGACUAUGACUACGAAGGGUCGUUUCCACUAGACUUCCUUCCUUUCCGCAACCUUUGCAAGGUUGCGAUUGGCUAUCUCGAUACCCAGAAAGAGUACCCUCUAUACGAUGCGACAACGAUCGAGUUCAUUGCCAUUGCCGAAGCUGCUACCUCCGCUACGGCCUGGGUUUAUGAGCUAAAAUUCCAUAAAUUCCUCGAUCUGCCACCCGAGCUACGCCUGAAUGUGUAUACUCAUCUGUUGAAGGCUGCGCACAGCUGCCAGGAGCUAGCGAAACAUCUGCACGUCGACCGGUUCAACAAUCCAUGUUGCACUUGGCGCUGGCCCAACGAACUCAUCAUUUGUGACCGACAUUCAGGCAACGAGCUACCCACGGCGAAGUAUGCGCCCUGGCUUCCUGAUCUCGCCUUCACGAACAAGCAGGUACUGGGAGAAGUCACCAUAUGCAUGCUCUCGACAACGAAAUGGUUCGACUUCAAGUACGAGGAACACAAGCCUUUCAAGAUCGUCCGUUGGUUCACAGACUUCCUCUCCACUUUCCCCACUGUCAUGGUCGACGGCGUGGCUACCACCGAAGCUUUUGCAGCUAUCAAGUGUAUCUGUUUCCCACACGAGUCCAAGUAUAACGAACAUCGAAUCGGGCGUGUCGUCGACGAAAAGAAUCCCGACGUCACACUCAUGCUGAAGUGCACAAACCUAGACACUAUCGCGAUGGUGUUCAACUUCCGCCAGCUUAUCAAAACUCCGUGGGCCCCACAACCGCGAGAUCUGGAAGACUUCCUGGACUUCUUCCAUUUCGAGCCGAUGCUUGAACACAACAGCGUUAAUAACGUGUAUCUCGAGGGGGUCUACCCAAGGGAAGGGGAGGGGCAGACCAUGACCUGCUUGUACGAGUUUGGCAAGUGGCUCAUCAAGGGUUUCAGGAAGCGGGGUCGGGAGGUAAGUGUUCAUGUACACAAGAGGUGCGGAGUAUUCGUAAGGAGGAGUGUGGGGCCAAAGCUUGUGGUAGACGAGGAAUCAGCAUAGAAUGGGCAGAGAUAGUCCACAAC